AUGAGUGUCGUAGCUUCACCACUACCUCAUCAACCAUUUUCCGAUACAGAGCUCUAUGUACCUUCAGGCUCGGCGUCAGCUCACGCAGAAUUACCUCCUCCUAUACCUGGUCCGGAACCACACCCGAUACCCUUCCCAAUAUUCCAACAUCGACAUACAUCGCCUUAUCCCGCUCCACAAUCAUUCUCUGCCCUUGGUCCACCCCCCGCUGUCGAUAUGUCAUCCCAUCUUCUGGGCUCAGUAGCUGCGCCUCCUGCACCCAAAGGUUCUCCAGUCAGUCUGCCUGCUAUCACACCCGAAGUCUCACCUCAGGUACCUCUGCCGCCUACACCAGAUCCAUCGCCUCCAACGAGUAAAAUGCUCAGCCCGACAAUGAUGAUCAAGCUUGCUCCGCCCGCCGAUGAUAGUCCUUACGAAAUCAGCUUCUUAGACCACAACCAAACACAUCUUCAGCUUUCUACUCAAUCCCACUUACAUUCUGAUAUAACCCCUAGACGAGUUCCGGUCGUCUCAAAUUCAGACCAAACACCAGCAAUCGAGACUCCCCCGCCACGGACUAGGUCGAAAAGCGGAUUAGAAUCUAUACCUCAGACCGCUCCUGCCAAAGUAUCUUCGGAAGGUAAAAAUCCCAGACCAAAGUCGAUGGGUCCACCACCUCGACCUAGAAGGAGUCAUACCGCUUAUCCUGCACCCCAGUCAGUCAGGAUGCAGGAAAGUCGAAGUGCAGAUUCUAGAGCGAAAUUGCGAAAUCACAUACCGCCUUUGCCCCGACAAGCAUCGCAUGGUCCAAUAGGUUCCCAAGGUCUGACUAGAGCUUUGAGUGAUGCUAGUGCCAACACGCCACCGCGCAUGGGUCCUAUCUCAUUGUCAGCAAACAAUAAUGAUAUGCCCCCUCCAGAUCUAGGAGGUCCAGAUGGUUUAGAAGCUAAAGUCGUCUUACUUGGUUCUCAAGGCGUUGGAAAGACUUCUCUGAUCUUGAGAUAUACCACUAGGAUAUUUUCGCCUACUCCUGCUCCGGCCACUAUAGGAUCUUCCUUACAUACGAGAAAAUUAGUACAUGAUGGGACGAGGGUGAAGUUGCAGAUUUGGGAUACAGCCGGCCAAGAAAGGUUCAGGUCGAUGGCGCCGAUUUAUUAUCGAGGUGCACAUGUCUGUGUUUUGGUCUAUGAUAUUUCAGAUAGACAGAGUUUUCAAGAUGUGAGAAGCUGGUUGGAAGAGUUGGGUAGGACUGUACCGAAAGAAACUGUGAUUUUUGUGGUUGGAGCGAAGAUAGAUUUGAGCAAGGAUAGAGUGAUAACUUUCGAGGAAGCUCGAUCGACCAUUAAAACAUGGCUUAAACCACCGCCUGCCCCAGAACCUAACAUCGUUCUCUCCCCACCACCUCGAUCGCUGUUCAGAGCAUCAACAACCGUUCAUCGAAAUACAUCCCCUGCUCCUUCCGACCAGAACCUGAACAGCGCCGGACCACCUAUACGAUCUCACUCUUACGGUGCUCUUUCGUCUUUAGGUCAAGCGACACCUCCCGUCCCAGCUCCUCGACCAAUCGAGACUCCUCGUCGACCUAGCCCAGGUCUACCGUUUCCCAUCCCCAAGAACAUCUCUGCCGACAGUGCUCGAGGUAAACUUACACCUGUCAAAGUGAAAACUUCUUCAUCACCUCCAUCCGUCAAGUUCCUCUCGCCUACCUCACCGUCAAAACUUGCCUUUCCCUCGCUUCAAUCUCCUACCAAACCCACUUCAGCUACUUUUACAGAUCCGGUCGGACCCCAGAUCACCCCUGCAUCGGCCAUGAUGGGCCAUCGAUCCAGUCGAUCCAGUCGGUUUUCUAUAUCUGGUGUAUUGGGAUUAUCUCGCACGACUAGUUUCUCAGGUGCCGCUUCCUCUCUCGCUCAACUGGCUGAAGCGCCAAUUUCUCCUAGACAAUAUCAUGAUAGUUCACGGACCUCUGAUUGUCCUAGACCUCGAUAUGACAGUACACCGUUGUCGGACAAUCCAUGUGAGAAUGGAUAUGGGAGUAGGGAUAGAAGAAAAUCUGAAGAUUGGUCUUCGAGAUCCUGGAAGAUGGGUCAAGGACCUGGUGCGGCUGAGACUUUAGGAGAAUUUGGAGAUGGUGUAAAGAAGAAACAAUCUGGUGAAUUACUCGUUACACCUUUAUCUGCUAGUACAGGAUCAGGCUCAGGCUCCGGCUCCGGGUCCACAUCGGGUUUUAAGAAACAGCAGUCUUCGUCGGUCGGGGGGAAUAGGAGAAGAGGAGGUAGUUUAGGUAGAGAUCCGAGAUUAUACGGUGAUGGGUCUGAACAGCCUUUCAGAGGUGCAGGAUCUCGCCAGGAGGAAGAGGGACACGGAGAAGGUCUAGGUUGGGGUGUGGAUGUGGAAGGUAUCAGGCUAGGCGAAUGUAGUGCUCUAUCUGGACAGGGCGUAGAGGCACUAUUCGAAUCUAUCUCUUCUUUAUUGGUAGAGAAGAAGGAUAAGAUCGAAAGAGAGCGGGUGCUGAGAAAGAAGAAUAGCGUGAUGCUCGUGGAUCCCACCAAAGAUGGGAAAGUUAAUUUGGAAGGGAAAGAUAUAGGUGGUUAUGGAUGUUGUGCAUGA